CGACGAGCUCUCCUUCCGCUUCGGACGGCGGCGUGGGAGCGGCUCCUCCUAGUUUUGAAGCACCCUCCCCGGCUGCGUGUGACCAGAGAAACGGAAAACGCACUCGACCCGAAAAGAAGAUGUUUGGUCGUCUGACUCUUCCUCAGAUGAUAUUUGCCGGAAUUCUGGGGGUUGGGGGAGGAAUAUACAUCUACCAACCAAUCUUUGAACAAUAUGCCAGGGACCAGAGGGCAUUAAAAGAAAAGUUGCCAGUGACAGAAGAAGGAGAAGAUAAGAAAAGUUAAGAAGCUGCACGGAACUCACCUGUGAAGGCGCUCGGAAACUUAAGCAUCUGAAAUGAUCCGCCUGCCGGAGAUACCCGAUACCGAGUGGAAUAAAAAUGACUGGUUUAAGCCGAUUUUUAAUUA